UUCAGCCUCACUUCACUCCUCUCUCUGCUCCGGCAUCGCAGCCUGCUGGGCUUUUCCACCCUGGGCUGCACCCGCAUUGCUGCUGCUGCAGACCCAACCCACCACAUCUGCUCUUUUGUUGCUCUUAUCAACAGCUGGAAACGGAUUUGUGCGCUUUUGGGAAAUGCAAAAAUACCCCCCUCCCUGCAUGUUAUUUCACUCCGGAUCUCGCCACUGAUCCUCCGUCUCUGUCCUUUUUAAUGUCAAGACUUUGCAAACGGCAGUGAUCGGGGAGGAGAGCACCACUGCUGCUGCUGCUGCUGCUGCUUGGAUAUUACUCACAAGUUUGCAGAGAUUACAUCUCAAAUGUAGCUGUGUUUUUUUAUUUUGUUUUUACAGCUGGAUUUACCUCUUGUGCCGUCUCCACCAUGGGUGUUGACUGAUCGGAAUGGUAUCUUUUCAGCUGCCAUCAAAAGGAAUGAACCCCUGAGGACUGAAGCUGCGCUCAUAUUAUCAUAUUCAUCUAUUGGUCUUCAGCAGGAGGGUCCCCCCUUAUGAGCCUGGUCCUGCUCAACGUUUCUUCCCUCCCAAAGGGGAGUUUUUCCUUGCCACUGUUUGGCUUAAGGCUUUUCUCCCACUAAGGGGGGUUUUGACCUGCCAUUGUUUAUGUAAUAAUUGCUCGGGGGUCAUGUUCUGGGUCUCUGGAAAGCACCUAGAGACAACUUUUGUUGUAUUAGACGCUAUAUAAAUAAAAUUGAAUUGAAUAUUCCUGGAUCAUGCAGAUCCUGCCGCCCGGGACGCUAUUCGUGUUACUCGCCCACACACAUGUGCUGUUAUCCCUGAGAAAUUAUGGAGAGCUUCCACGUGAGGAGGACGGCGACUCCUCCAGGACUUUUCCUCGCCAAAGCCAAGCCCGGGACCGCGCGCUGCUGCUGCCCGGCUACGCCACAGGUGCGCUCCUCCGGGGGGGCCUCAACUCCACUCACCCGGGGAAGAGGGGGUCCCUGGGACCAGUGAGGAGACACAACAGAUUCAAUAGGAGCGUGACCCCCGCGGAGGAUCCCGGCGGCGUCUCCCACUGGGACGCGCCGCGCCACCACAACAAGAGGAUAAAGUUGAAUGGAGCUCUGAGCGGAACGCCAGCAGGUGGACGCCACAACAAGUCUCCCUUAAUGGGACGAGGGGGGCUGGAGGAGGGAGACAGGCACACGAGAGGCACAAAAGAUGAGCAGAAAAAAGCCUGGAAGAGGGGGAGAAACAGACAGGACAAAAGCCCUGCGGUCAUGGCUCAGGCUUACGCGUCGCCGUGGGAACCGCUGCCCAAGCCGGUGGCCCUCACCUCCACCGACCUGCCCUUUGACCUGUUUACAAGGAGGGCCGAGUUUUACACCGUCAGGGAGGAGAACCCCUGGGACGCCACGCCGAUCACCCCUCCCGGCUCGCAGGACUUCGGGGAUGAGAUCAAGAACCCUUUUUACCCGGUGACCAGCGAGACCUUUGGCGCGUACGCCAUCACCUGCGUGUCCGGGGUCAUCUUCCUGGUGGGCAUCGCCGGCAACAUCGCCAUCCUCUGCAUAGUGUGCCAGAACUACUACAUGAAAAGCAUCUCCAACUCGCUGCUGGCCAAUCUGGCCGUGUGGGACUUUGUGCUCAUCUUCUUCUGCCUACCCAUGGUGGUUUUCCAUGAACUGACAAAGUCCUGGCUGAUGGGGGAGUUUACCUGCAGAGUGGUGCCCUACGUGGAGGUGGCCUCCUUGGGUGUCACUACUUUCACCUUGUGCGCUCUCUGCAUCGACCGCUUCCGUGCAGCCACCAACGUCCAGAUGUACUAUGAGAUGAUAGAGAACUGCACAUCUACAACCGCCAAGCUCGCAGUCAUUUGGAUUGGUGCACUGCUCUUGGCCCUCCCAGAGCUCCUCAUUCGACAGCUAGUGAAGGAGGAUACAGGACUCCCGGACGAGCCCCUAGAGGAACGCUGUAUUAUCAGGAUAUCCACCUCACUGCCUGACAUGCUCUAUGUGCUAGGCCUGACCUAUGAGGGGGCCCGGCUGUGGUGGUGCUUUGGCUGCUACUUUUGCCUUCCAACCCUCUUCACCAUUGGAUGCUCACUGGUGACGGCACGCAAAAUCCGGCACGCAGAGCAGGCCAGCGUGCGCAGCAAUAAGAAGCAGAUACGGCUAGAGAGCCAGAUGAACUGCACGGUUGUGGCACUGGCGAUAGUCUACGGUGCAUGUGUGGUGCCUGAGAACAUCUGCAACAUAGUUUCUGCAUACAUGGCAGCUGGUGUUCCUGAGCACACCAUGUCCGUCUUACACCUUCUCUCCCAGCUGCUUCUGUUCUGCCGGGCCGCCGUGACGCCUGCCCUCCUGCUUCUCCUGUGUCGCCCACUGGGCAGGGCCUUCAUGGACUGCUGCUGUUGCUGCUGCUGCUGUAACAACGCCCCCUCCUCAGCCACGGCCAGUGACGAUAACGAACAUGAGUGCACUACGGAGUUGGAGCUCUCGCCCUUUAGCACCAUCCGGAGGGAGCUGAGUAACUACACACCUGCCGGCUCCAACUGCUAAAGUGACAUUACGCAUCAGGGGAGGAGGAUUCACUGGGCGGCUACAAGCCUGUGGCUAGAAUUUCUCAGACUCACUGGGAGAGAUUUACCUCACCUAGUCAACUCUCAUUUUUUAAUGGCUGCAUGAAUGAAGUUGGACACCAAAAAAGAAAAAUGAAAAAAAAUCACCUUCAUCCAGUGGUCCUACAUACCCAGCUGUCACAUUUAAAAAAAUGACUUCCUUUUUUCCAGAACAGCUACUGAAUAUCUUAUUUUAUUUUCAUGCCUGGGGUACUAUUUAACCGUGAUGAUUCAUAUUUUUACCAAUCCUGCCUAAAAACUUUUAAGACUGUCAAAGAACCCUUCUAUUUGGCCUUGUAUGCCUAAAUACUGUAUGAUGGUUAGUCAGGGUGGUUUUUGAUGGUGGCCUGUCUAAUCUGUGAUUACUCAUAAAUUAACCUGAUUAUGACAAUAAAAAAAGAAGCAAUAUUAAUAGUGUAAAACAGCUUUACAGAACAUGAAACUAUAAGAUAGCUGGUCAACAGUUUGAUGACAAAUGUGCUUGGUUGUCCUGACUAACAUUUAUAACUGAGAAUACCCUGUAUCAUUUAACUGAAGGGAGAAAUGAUCAAUGCCAAUCAUCUUAAAAUUGUGUCACUUGUAAAAUAUGGGUACUUGGAUGAUUAGCUAUGGUGUGCAUUUUGUAUAUUAACUCAGAUACAGUAUCCACCUAAAACAUGGAGGCUCACACUGCCUGUUACAAUACACAAUUGUGUUUACAGACUUCAUAAAUGUACAUGUAGAUAUAAAGAUGUUCAUAUAGGAUCAAGGCUUACAAUAAUUAAAUCAGCGGUUGUGAUGGUUUACUAAAGGAAAUCAUAGAUAAGAGAUUGCAUUGCAAAAACCAGCUGUACACAACACCACUUAGGACUGUGUAUAGAAAUAUAUCCAGUCCACUCAGACAUAACUGGGCUGGUCUCAGAAUACUACGAACAUCGAUGUGAGUGCAAGUAAAAGGUAUUUAAUAGUUGAAUGAAGCUGAAUAAGAUAUUGAAUGGGGUGAAUAUGAAUGGAGUGGAAAAUAACAGAAAAAGGAUGGACUGGUCUAAGGUGAACAGUUUCUCACUACACUGUCGUGUCAUGUUACGCCUUACACUUUGGGCUGUAUAUACAGUAUAUACAAUGUACAAUUUCUUUUGGUGCUCUUAUGAUGAAUGCGCUGUAAACAACAAAUCCAUGGGUUCGACUUAGAAACACAAGGAACUGAGCUGUGUGCUUUGCUUCAGAUCACAAAGAUGGAUUACAGUUAUCUGUGACUCUAGAAGGCAUAAACAAUGGAAAGGUAAAAGAUGGGGGCGGGGGGCUGCGACACACACAGUUUGGAGCAAUCAUUGCCUUUACUGGUAGCACAUUAUUUUACAGAACAGUUAUUUCUAGUGUUUACUAAUCCACUGGGAACAGUUUCUUGUAAGUAAGAUUGUACAGGUCAGUAGAUACAAUAUUCAUAUUCAUAUUCACAUUUUAUUCUCAUAUUGGUACAGAAAUAUAAUUACUGCUAGUGUGACAUAUUAAUUAUAAUUAUAAUUUAUAAUGAAACUAUAUUAUCAGAUGAGGAUCAAUGCUACAUCAUAUAUACUGGAGAACUCCAGAAGGACUGUACAUUUACAAGGAAUUAUAUAUUUGUACCAAUUAUCACCGAAAAGUUAAUUUUUUACACAAAGCAGCUGUUUUAUUUUUGGUAUUUAUUUACUAUCUCUGAACUGUAAGACAAAGUGCUACUUCUGUCUCAAAAUCAAUUACUGAACCCCUCCCCCUACUAGUAAUAGUUAGGACAUAAGACAGGUUUCCAUUUGUGGGAGUCUGGGGUGGUUUUACAGGGCUUUAAUCAUUGUUCCCAUUGGGACGAACCCCCUAAUAAAAAUCUGAGAACCUCUCCGGGGCUGAAGCGCAUCCCUGCCAUUUAUUAUGGCACUUCAGCACAGCUCCAUAAAACUGCUGGGUGGGAUGUGGUGUUGACUUGGUACUGACUGGGUAUGCUGUAGCCAGGAGAUGAUAUCUUGAUAUCCUCUUCCAGUUCAAGUUGUUUCUACUUAUUCACCAUCAACAUUGUAGUUUAUACGACCGGCAAGUAGGAUCAUGGCAGCAAUCUCAGCUCCUUCAGUGCUGAUCUUGUCAGACUAAUUAGUUUUUUUCUUUUUCUUAGCAAUCAUUUAAAUUUUAGCGGUUGGAAAGACAGUGAACACAGAGCACUCCUGCCACCAGGUGGUAUGGAGUUGUCGUCUGCCAACUCUAAAUGGAGAAACAACAGAGGACUUAGGAGGACGUCAGCCCUGUUGCAAUUCCAGCCUUGUGGGUUUUCCCCCAGACCCCCACUACUCAGAUAGCAAAGAAUGUUGGCCCAGACUUGGCUUAUAUCUGUGGUUUUCCUUGCCCACAUUUGGCUUUGACUAAUGGUAUAGACAUAAGUUGAGUGUGGCUGCCUAAACGUGAUGACAUAUCCACCAGAGAUGGCCCAAUGCUUCCCUUUCCUGGGCCUUUGGACCACACCCGGCCCUCACGACACUUGCCUUAUUCCAUGUAAAAACUAGCUUUUGAAACAUCGGACACAUCUGGCUCAUAAAAGACAUGCCAAAAAAGUUUGGCCCAGUUUAUGAACUCUGGGAAACCUCUGGCACUUACCAUUGUCGCAACAGAGCCAUAAAUGCCACAAGUUGCCCACGUCAGGCCCAAAUGUGCCUGCUAUCUGUGAAAUGGAAACCUAAGGGCUGUGUCAAAUAGCCCCCACU